UUAGUGGAGUUAUCGAAAUAUAAAAAGUUAAAGAAAGUUCGGCACAUUUGGCCAUACAUUUCCAAAAACUUUCGAUAACUCCCAAACUCCCCCUUUUUUAUUCUCCCAUUUGCUCCUAUUGCUUCCCCUUUUUAUCUUCUUUCUUUCUUCAGAUUGACUUCAAUUGUUUAAUCAAGAAUCUCACCAAGAUCCUUAAUUCUUUAACUGGUGUAUUAAUCAUUCUAAAGUCUUCAUCUUUCACCGAAUUAAGCAAUCUCAGAGACUACCCAGAUCAGUUCUUGACCAAAGGAUUUGAGCUAAGAGACUGUUCAAUUUUGAUAAGAUUUGAAGUUUUCAGAGGGCAAAGUGGGCAUUAUUAUUGAUGGUGGUUGGUCAGGCUCAACACCAUAUAUGUGUAGCUUCUAGGGCUAUCUAUUUGAGUUUGUAAAAGUUGUUUUUUUUUUUUUUUUGGUGUUUUAUUUUUCUGGGAUUAAACUCAGAAAAUUGUAGUUUUUGAGUGUUUGGAUAUUGGGAGUUUGUGUUGGAGACAAAGUUGAAGAUGGCUGGAGUUCAAGAUGCGCUAGAGAUUAAAUUUCGUUUGAUAGAUGGAUCUGAUAUUGGUCCACAAAGUUUUCCAGCAGCUGCAACUGUUUUAACAUUGAAAGAAAGCAUCAUUUCUCAAUGGCCUAAAGAUAAGGAUAAUGCUCCAAGGACAGUAAAAGAUUUAAAAAUAAUUAGUGCCGGAAAAAUAUUGGAAAACAAUAAAACGGUAGGAGAAUGCAGGAGUGCAUUAUGCGAUGUCCCUGGCGGAAUUACAACCAUGCAUGUCAUUGUUAGUCAGCCUCCUCAAGAAAAAGACAAGAAAGCAGCAAAUAAGCUGAAACAAAACAAAUGUGCAUGUGUUAUAUUAUGAGAAGCAACAAGUAACCCGGGUCGAAUUGUUUUCAGAUAAAGAUUGUUGGCUUGACAAUGAAGAUUUUGAAUAAAAUAGAAUGGAAAUCUCUUGAGGAAAAUAUGUACUAUACAAGUUACAGGAACAUAUUUACACAAUUAGUUUGUAAUUAAUUACACGGCAAGUUAGUCCCUGUAGUAUGUUCAUAUUACGACUUAAAUACAUAUUUAUCGGAAACUACACCACUAGUCUGAAGUUAUGCAUAAAUGUAACAUGGUUGUCCCUAGCCAUAGAUGAGGUUAUCUUGGAAAAGACAACCUUAUCUAUGACCAAGGACCAACCAUGUUACGUUUAUGCAUAACUUGGGACCAGUGGUUUAGUUUUCAAUAAAUAUGUAUUGAAGUCGUGAUAUGGACAUACCACAGGGACUAAUUGUGUAAUUAAUUCAUUAGUUUGUUUUCUAUGUUUGUGAAUUUUACUUGGAUAUACUCAGCUUGACUCUACAAUGGUCUUUGUGCUUUCCUUUGAUUUAAACUGUGACCAGAUUUGAAUAUACAUCCAUGAUCAUGGUUUUCCUUCA